ACAACAGAGCAUCCCGUGUGUUCAUCUCAGUAAAUGGAGUAAUGGAGCGCAGUGAAAACCAUUGAGAUGCUCCUUUACGCCGCGGUUGUUGCAUCCGGGAUCACUUGUGCGCUCAGCAGCACCCGAGAGGGACGGACAGCGCCCACAGAGCAGGAGAGGAUGGCGUGGAAAGGAGUUCAGUUCAAUUGAACGAGAGAGUGAGCGAGAGUUGUGAGCCGAGUUGGCACUGUGGAUUGUGUAGUUUUGUUUUGUUCGUAUACACAACUAGUUUUUCCGAAGCGAUGCUCUACGAAAUGUUAGACAUCUUUCACGCCAUUCAAAUCCGUAGAUGCUGUUUUUUUUUCGAGCAUAUUUGGGAGAAUAUCGGCGUCUAGAAAUCUGACGAGAGAAGGAUAUUUCUGGUGGAAAUAAUAUUUUCUUUCCAAGGGGUGUUCCCUCAGCCAGUAGACUAGGGUGACUUGGGUUAAGUGUUUGUGAGGGGUUGGGGGGAAGGGAUCAGUCGGAGUGCUCGACCCAAGUCAGAAGGAUGCUGGUGGGCAAUGCCUGCAGAAAGAGAGGAUGAGAUCUGUCGAGAAGCUCUGGAGCUGCUCUCCGACCUGUGCUCCAGAGGCGAGGUGCAGAACGACAACUGCCUGGACUUCAUCUACUACUUCAGAGACCUCGCUAGACCGCGGUACACCGACUCAGAUGUCUCUGUCAGCCUGCUGUCGCUGCUGGUCACCGCCUGUGGCCUGGCGCUGUUCAGCGUCUCGCUCUUCGUGUCCUGGAAGCUGUGCUGGGUGCCCUGGAGCUCACGCUUCCUGCCCAACGUCUUCAAGGGGGCUCACUUCCUGGGGGGGGACCAGCAGCCUGUGCUAACAGAGUCCAUCCGUCCCUUCCUCUAUUACUACAACCUACCACAUAUUCACCCUCAAGUGGAUGGAGAGGAAAGGGAGUACAGUGAGGAUGCGUGUGUCAAGCACAUGACGGGGCCACCGGCGGGCGUGGCCGUCCCCGAUUCAGCCAUGAAGAUCAGCCACACCUCGCCCGACAUCCCCCUGGAGGCCCAGAGCAAAGUGGAGAAGAACCACCUCCACACCAUCGCCAGAGACCGGGUCCAGAGACAGAUCACUGAGCCCACCUCGUCUGUCCGCCACCACUCCAUCAGGAGACAGAUGAACCUGUCCAACCCGGACUUCAACCCGGGGCAGUUCCAGCGCCAGGAGUCCCUCUCGGGCCUGGGCCGGAUCAAACCGGAGCUCUACAAGCAGCGCUCGGUUGACGGGGAGGAGGGCCGGCGGGCCGACAGCUGCGGGCGUCUCCACUUUGUGCUGAAGUUCGACUGCGACCUGGAGCAGCUGAUCGUCAAGAUCCACAAGGCCGAGGACCUGCCCGCCAAGGACUUCUCGGGCACCUCUGACCCGUACGUCAAGAUCUACCUGCUGCCCGACCGCAUGACCAAGCACCAGACCAAGGUGCACCGCAAGACACUGCAGCCCGUGUUCGACGAGGUGUUCCUCUUCCCCGUCACGUACGCAGAGCUGCCGGGCCGCAAGCUGCACUUCAGCGUGUACGACUUUGACCGCUUCUCCCGCCACGAUCUGAUUGGCCAGGUGGUGGUGGACAGCUUCCUGGAUCUGCCCGACUUCCCCCGGGAGACCAGACUGUGCCGGGACAUACAGUACGUCACCUCGGAUAAUGUGGACUUGGGGGAGCUGAUGUUCUCGUUGUGCUAUCUCCCCACGGCGGGCAGACUCACCAUCACCAUGAUCAAAGCCAGGAACCUGAAAGCUAUGGAUAUCACCGGAGCUUCUGACCCCUACGUGAAGGUGUCCCUCAUGUGCGAGGGUCGGAGGCUGAAGAAGCGGAAGACCUCGACCAAGCGCAACACCCUGAACCCCGUGUACAACGAGGCCAUCGUGUUCGACGUGCCCCCCGAGAACAUCGACCAGAUCAGCCUGCUCAUCGCCGUCAUGGACUACGACCGGGUGGGCCAUAACGAGGUGAUCGGUGUGUGCAGAGUGGGUAAUGAGGCCGAAAGUCUGGGCCGAGACCACUGGGGUGAGAUGCUUUCGUACCCCCGCAAGCCCAUCGCACACUGGCACCCCCUCGUAGAGUGGGUCGCCACCACCGGCGGUGGGAGUCAAGGAGGAUCCACCAACUCCCUGAAGGCACCCCCCUCACCUUGAAACACACACACACACACACACACACACACACACACACACACACACACACACACACACACACACACACACACACACACACACACACACACACACACACACACACACACACACACACAUACAGUGAAGAGCAAUGUCAAGCACACAUCAGAGGUGAUAACAAAUGUGUGCUCACUAUCUCUAUGACAACAACGAUCAGCAUAGCUGCUGAUAAUUAAACUGAAUGAUAUAAAAUACAAUGUAGAGCUUGGUUUCUACUGUGGCAGCAGCAGUCUCCUUGUACUGUUAAUUAAUCGAUCAUUAAUGUAGCUUCACACUGCACUAGAACCAACGGGCUGAACAAUUCCUACUCUAUAUUCCUCUUCUAUCAUGACAACCAAAAACCACUUAAAAACAUUCCACACAAAAUAAAAAACAGUAUCACUAUAUUCAUUUUUAACUUUCUUAUUCAGUAAUAGUACUAACAUGUUGGACGAAACUGAUGAGCUCUAUUAACACUUCAGUCAUUACCUCUGAUGUACAAAAUGGACCAAAAUGUUAACCCGGCGAUUGAGUGAGGCUAUCGAUGUAACCUAUUUGAUUUAUGUUCUGGGGUAUCUGAAGGAAUUUUGUCUUAAGGGGGAUAGUUAUGCUAACGUUUGUAACCUAAUUAAAAUGGACAUUCCCCAUUCUGAUUCAUGUAACUAAAUGGCACUUCAAGGUGUAGCACAUAUAUCACUGUAAGGCAGAAUACAUUUCAUUUCACUGUUGACAUGGUUUUCUACCAAAUGCAUGAUGAGAAAUUUCAGUGGUGGAGGUAAAAAUGGCGUGGUCGACUAUGUUAACUGUGAAAAACAGAGUCUUUUGUUUCGGCGGUUGGAGAAGACCCCUUUGCUAUACUCAAUGUGAUAGUCAGUGUUUGCACGAUAAAUCUUUACACUUAGCAACAACCAAUUUUGGUCAAGAUAAUGUUAACAUCCGCAAUCAAAUAAAACCUCAUAACAAUUAUCUUAAGUUAACUUACAGUUAACCUGUUGGUAAGCAAGUUAAUAUUGACUGUAUGCCCUGAGGAAAUUAGAAUUACUUCAAUGAAGCCAAGAGACACCAUUCAAAACAGCCAACUGAAAUUAAAGCACAUGGAGCUUUGAGCAAAUGCCACCGCAUCCAAAAAUGUGUGCCUUUACCAUCUGGACUUUAUAGACGAUACCCAAAAUACCCCCCGCUCUCAGAAACACUACCAGAGGUGGAAAUGCAUAGUGAGGAUAGCGCUGUAAGUUGUUAUUUGUAUUUGUUGUAUUUCCUG